UCUACCAAAGGAAACCAAUUGCCAACGUAGGCAAUACAUGCAAUUUCAGACUCUACUCACAGGUGGCUCUGCCGUCAAGGCGGGUUUUACGAAAUGAUAAAUCGUGUACCAGUGGAAAAAAGAAAAAUGAGAAAGUUGGAUUGCGCGUCAAGUCCAGUAAAAAUUCCGUUAUUAGGUAAAUAAUCAAGUAAGACAGGAAAUUCGAAUGAAGAAAUUUUAAUGUAAAGGCAUCCGGCUGGAGUGGAGACGAAAAAAACAAAUUCCUUUCUCAGACUUCGCCAGCUUUAUUAUCUGCUAAAACACUGUGCGACGGACGGGAAUUCAUUUAGUGGUCGUUUAUCUAGUCGCCGUGGAAGUCAUUAUUCAACGAAGGUUACAGCCAGGAAUUUCACCGAGAUAUCAUCCAACAACGAAAGAAAAUGGCUAGAUUGAAAAAAUCUAAUGCUGGCGCAUGUGCAUCAAACCUUCCGAUUACAAGGUCACAAACUGUGGUGUCUAGAGCUUCGAUUGUGGGGGCUAAAGCUAAAACCCCGGCGCAAGCUCCGCCGAAAUCUUCGAGUUUUCGUGACUCUGCUGGCAAGAAACGUUACAGGCCAGGAUCGAAAGCUCUCAAAGAGAUUCGUCAUUAUCAAAGAGGGACGGGGUUAUUAAUUCCACGAUCGCCUUUUACGCGAGUCAUUAAACAGAUCAGCCAAGAAUUGACGGGGAACUCUGCGUUUCGGUUUACGAGCGAGGCGCUGGAAUGCCUGCAAGUGGCAUCCGAAGCCAUGGUGAUUCAGUUAUUCGAAGAUUCAGUGUGGACCAUGGUCAACGCCAAACGGCUGACUCUAAUGGUGCAGGACAUUCAGCUGGUCAGGCGCAUUCGCGGAAAUCUUUAAACUUAACUUCUCAACACUCAAAUUCAAUUUGAAAAUCUUUCUAAUCACCAAAUUCACCAAAUCUGUUCAAAUCACUUUGUUAAAUUAUUUUUAAAUGUUUGAAAUUUGAUCUCGAGGAAAAUACAAAAUUUGAAUUUUUUUUU